AUGCUGUCCUGCUUCGGUUUCCGCAGGUCGAGCGCCGACGAGCGCCAGCCGCUGCUGCCUCGGUACCGCGACGACACGGUCCUGCAGAGGGAGCUGCACCAGAAGCUGCAUUCAUAUCAGAUGAUAAGGGCCCUCUCGAAAGGGUACAUGCCCUCGAACGAGCAGCUCAUCGUCAACAUCCGCACCCUGCUGGCUUCCGACGUCCUCAACCCGGGCGAGCACGAUCUGAGCAACUCUGGCCGUCUUCUGGUUAAGUUCACGAAGCAAUGGCUCACCGAAUUCCUCGAACUGCUGCAGCAUAAAAACGCCAGCGAUCAGAUUCAGGACUUCAUCUGGUUCCUGUCCAAGUCCAAGAUCUCGGUCGACGUCGACGACAUCGCUUCCAGGGCAAGCAAGGCCAAGUCCCAGGCGAACACGGCCGCAGCCUACAGGAGCCUUCAAACUGUCGGCUCGCUGCUGCUCACGAACUCGGACUUCCGCCUCUUCCUCUCUGACAUCAAUGUCAUCGGACGCGAAGUGUUCAAGGACACGGCGUUCAAGCUGUCCGAUGUAGCAGAGGAGGCAGGGAAGAAGCUUGCGCCUUCGGAGCAGGAGCAACUGUCCUUGAAGGAGCCGGGUGCCGAUGCCGGCCCUGCGCCCACCGAGCAAGAGCUCGAGCAAGAUGUUGCCGACUUCUCCAAGGUUGUCGGCAACGGUGCUACCCAGGUGGCCAAAGAAGCGGGGCACAGCCUCGCCGACCACGUCGGCGGCGAAGAAAAGGACACGCUGCUCUACCGCCUGAAGCAAGCGGUGCUGAAGCUGAGAAAACGGAAUGACUAUUCCGACUCGGUGUCGACGCUCUCGCUGCUGGUCCAGCGCUAUGCAAUGGUGUACUCUCGUGCUGUGCAAGAAACCGUGAACAUCGCUCAGGAUGACUUACAUGAAAAUGACGCCAUGGACCGCGCAAUCAAGAACUUUUGGCUAUUCCUGACCUCCUUUGGAGACAGGAAAGCCUGGGAAGACUUGGAAGACAAGUUCCAAAAAGUCAUGGAACACAGCAAGAACGAUCCGGAGUUUGAAGAUCUGAUGCUUGACAUGGGAAAUUCUCUUCAGAAGCUGCUGACCGACCCUGAAUUCUUGGAACACGCAGACGAAAAGUUCCAGGCCCUUCGGAAGAAGGCUCGUGGCGUCGGCACCGACUCGUCCUUGCGCAAAGACGUGGAUGAUUUCCUCGGCCAGGCCCAAGCCACCCUCGAGGCCGUCUCGCACGAUGAGGAUAUCGCCAAGCUCGUCCGGACGUCCAUGCAGAUUGUCCACAUACUCUCUCCAAAGUACCAGUACACCAACGGGGAGCUGGUGGCAGAUUCCAUCAACGUUUUCGUGCCUCUGCUCGUCCAGGCGGUGCAGUACGUGCCGAUCCCGCGGCUGGAGGUUUCCACUCCCGAGAUAGAUUUGCUGCUGGAGAACUUGAUCGUGGAACCGGGAAAGACGGUCAACCACACGUCGUUUUUCCCCUACAAGUUUCGGGUGGAGACGUACAACGACCUUGAGAUUCGCAAGGCUCGCUUCCGAACGACGUCGUCGGUGUCUUCUCAAGUCACCGUCAAGAUAGACGGACUCUCGGUGCGGGCUGAUGAAGUAGGCUUCUGGCUGCGUGCCCACUCGGGCAUAUUCCGCCUUGCCGACGCCGGCAUCGCGUCUUUCGCACUCGACGAGCGCGGCCUUGACGUCCACAUGGACAUUGAAGUCGGGCGUGAUCGUCUCGAGAAGAUCCUCUCCCUCAAAGCCGUCCGUGUCCACAUCCACAAGCUCAACUACACGCUACGCAAAAGCAAGCUUUCCAUUUUCGGCUGGCUCUUCAAACCCCUGCUCCGCCCAAUCAUCCGCAAGGCGGUUGAAAAGCAGCUCGCUAACGCCAUUGCCGACGCGCUGCAUGCAGCUAACCGUGAAGUGGUCUUUGCGCGCGAACGCCUCCGCGCCACGCAGAUCUCCAGUCCGGAGGAUCUGCGCACGUUCUUCAAGGCCGUUGCUGCAAGGCUGACCCCGGAGGAGGACCCUGACAUGUACACGCGCGUCGGCGUGGCGGAGCCGGGCAAGGGCAUCUUCAAGGGUGUCUACGCGCCGGGGAGCGUGGUCAAGCUCUGGGAGGAAGAGGCUGCCCAGGCUGCCGAGAGAAUCGACGAGUACAGAGAGGACGGAUGGCGGAACGAGAUCUUUGAUACGCACACGAGAAACAUGAUGCAAUGA